AUGUCUAUAGAAGAAAGUGAACAGCUCUUCGAGAUACUCAAGGAGCUCAGCCCUAGAGAACAAGCCAUUAUUCGACCUGUACUGGAACGAGACUUGGAAUUUCAACGAAGGGAAAAAGCACGAUUACGGCAGUUGAAAUCAUAUGUGGAAAUGGCAGAAGUUCAACCGAUGGUCGUCAGAAAACGAGCGCCCACUAGCUACCCCCUUACUCAAAGCAUCUCAUCGGAUAGUAUGAUUAGUCUCGGUUCGUCACGGAGUAAUAAACCUAGACCAACACCGAAUACACCGCCAGCCCGGUCGUGCUAUCACUGCCAUUGCCGUCUCGGCUUGAUAUUCAACGCCGGCACUCGUUGUGCACAAUGUGGACGUCUCCUUUGCAAUGAUUGUCGUCGGGGAACCAAUCGUUCGAAAUGGCUAUGCCACACGUGUUUUGCUCAACGCGAACUUCGUGCGGCAUCCGGUGAAUGGGUUGACGGCGGCGCUUGCGAUCCUGCUGAAGUAUCCGAACUUCUGCUUGCACAGCUGCGUCGGGCGGCGUUGGAGAAGGAGAAACUGGAAGAACAGACACAUUCUGUUGUUCACGUAAGAGCUCCGAUGAUCUCUCGACGUCAGCUCACUCUGCCGACAAUAGCUACACCAAGUCUUCUUGCCGUACCGUCAGAGUCUGAUAUGAUGGAGACACAGAACGAUACAGAAGACGAUCGUUUCUGGGGAGGUAGUCCAUCACCACGAACACCUCGAAAGAGCGUCGAAUCAUUGAAUUCUGUGAAAAUCACGGCACCAAGUCCACCCGCCAACAGCAUACAUCCAGGUUUUAAUACGAGGGAGUUCGUCAAUAGCCCAUCACCUCGUCCAUCAUCUCCAGUUACAAGGACAAUAUCAAAUGGAAAUGGUAGACUGCCUACGACAGAAAUCGCACCGGCGACUCCGCUUUCCCGAAGUCAAUGCUCCACACCAGGUAGCCCACGAACACCGACAACGUGUCCAAAGAGCCAUUCAAGAAUCCCUACGAUCAGCAGUGAUAACCUUCUGCAGCCAAUCGAUACUCGGCCGAGCAGCAGACGACAGUCAGCCGCUGUCGAUGGGAACCAUAUAACUGAAAAAAGCUGUGGUGCCGGUGGAUGUCGGGAUGACCAUUACUCUGGCGGCCGAGCCCAUUCUGCUGGACAAGUGCACCACCAACAUCAGCAACAUCAUCAGCAACUACAACAGCCUCGGUCGUCAGCUCAGGACUAUCGAGCCAGUAGAUCUCGAAUAGCAAGAGACGUCGUUCCAGGAAUGAGGCCGAACAUGCCAUCGUCUGUUUCCGAAACGAACAUGUGGCAAGGUUGCCAAGGCGCUAAACCAGCACCAAGUGCAGCGAGAUCAGGUCCGAUGAAGAAGCCAGUCGAUGGUCCACCACCACCAUCAUCGUCAUCGAGCAGCGGUAUGAGACCAACGAUAGAUGAUUACGCAUCCCGACGAGCUCGGUUUCGGUCACAGGACAAUGCCAGUUCGGUGUCUAGUUCCAGGGGUGAUCGCCUAGAUGUCAUCAGCUGUGAUUCACGACGAUCAUCGGGUAUUUCGUUACCGUCUCGCUCAACAAGCCAAGACCAACGCUCGUACAAGGGCCUCCAUGUCACUCCAGCCAGCAGUCGCGACUCACUUUCUGUUGCCUCUCUGGCUACCGAAGUGUCGACAGAUUGUUGUACGAAAUCUAGUGUGGCGUCGCAAGCUACCUGUGGUUCGGCGACAACGUUCCUUGGUGAAAUACAACUUAUCCUAUCCUAUGAUAUUUUAUCCGCAUGUAUCAAAGUGCAUAUCAUCCAGUGUCAAUCAUUACCUCAUUUUGGUAACCAUAAACCAAAUCCUUAUGUGAAGGUCAUUUUGAUGCCAAAAGAUCCAGAUACGGGUUCAGUCUUGAAGCAGAAGACAACACCCCGUAAAGGCGAAGUCAAUCCGGUCUUCGAUCAAAUUCUCCAGUUUACUCGGAUAUGUAGAUCCGAAGUGGAUCAGUACAGUCUGAAAGUGUCUGUAUGGCAUAAGGACCUUCUAAGUCAGAAUUCACCUAUAGGAGAGACGGUAAUAUCGUUAUGGGAUCACGAUUGGGAUUCCCCGAAUCCCAUGUGGUAUCAGUUGGAGGCGAAGUCGGUUGGUCAGUGCUUGUGUGAUGUGAUUCGAUCCGUGUGCUUAGCACAGGGAAAGCAAGUCCUACCGGAUCCGUGUCAAUGGAAAAUGGCGAAAGCGAACGUUCACAUUCGCCUGACGUUCUCUCUGUGGGAUCGGGAGCGUCGGAUCGGUCCCCUCUCACUGCUGUUACGAGACGCGCACUUUUCCGAAAUGCCUCAAGCUCUAACAGCACAUCGACACGCAACUCUCGUGGCGUCCGCAAGGCUGUAUUUCAACGAAAAGCCGAUGGAGCGGAGGAAGAGCGAGAGUCGUCAAUUCGAUCAAGUCGAAAGCCAAUGGAAUUGGAGCACGACAUUCCCAAAACAAAAUCUGAACGAUCUCCAUCUAAGAAGCCUGAAAUUGAAGAUCAAGCUACAGACUGGACCAUUUGGGUAUAAAACUAUUGGUCAUGUAGUAUUCAAUGACUAUGAACACAGACGAGGUUAG